UAUGAACCAAAAAAAUUCUCCCUUUCAUGUAAUUUAUAAAUUUCUCACAUCCUUCUCGCCUUUGAUCUCUCUCUCUCUCUACUUUUCUCUCUCUCUUUUUUUAUAAUUUUUUAUUUUUCUGAACAGAUAAAAUUUCUAUUUCAGUUUCCUAUUUUGAUUUACAGGGAAAAAUAAACCCCGCAUUUCGAUUCACGGAAAAGGGGAAGGAAAAUUCAUUAUAAACUUUCGCAGGGUUGUGAUCUUGGGUAAAUUUGAAGGCAAAUGAAGCGAAUGGGUUAAUUGUAUUAGGAAAAAGAAUUAGGUGUAGGAAAAAAACUAUGACUGAUUUUGAGGCUUUACAACAAAAACCAGAAUCUGCAAAUGACGUCAGAGCUGAAUUGGAAAGGGGUUUGGAAGAAUUGAUGAGAGGGCAUUUAGAUGAUUGUAUGUCAUUUGCAUCAUGCAGUUCUAAUAGAAAUCCUGAUGAUGAGGAUGACGAGGGCGAUCAGCUUGUUAGGAGGAGGAGAAGGUCUGAUCUUGAAGGUGAUGAUUUGGCUGAGUCAUCCGCUGCUAGAAGGCGGCAUUCUAGGAUUUUGAGUAGAUGGGCUGCUAGGCAGGCUCAGGAAAUGAUGACUACGAUGGAGAGGAGGAACAGGGAGUCUGAAUUGAUGGCUUUAGCUGGUUUGCAUACUGUUUCAAUGCUUGACUCUUCGUUCUUGAGAGAGUCGCAGUCAUCUGCUUCUAGGCGACAAGGGGGGAAUGUGGAGAGGCCUAGUACUCAGGCUUCUUCAAUUUUGCAAAUGUGGAGGGAGUUGGAGGAUGAGCAUGUCUUGAAUAGGGCACGAGAGAGGGUGAGGGAAAGGUUGAGGCGGCAAAGCAAUGCUGAUAGUAAUACAACAAUGUCUAGUACAACUUUGUCUGAAAGUCAUGGGAGUGAAAAUCCUGGGAGCAUUGUGGAUGUGAGUGAGAGCGAGAAUGACUAUGGAACAUGGUCGCAUGAUCAAGGUGUGUCACAGAAUGAUCGUGGGGAUAAUAAUGUGUCUAGUAGGGAGCACUCACCUGAUCUCGGUGAAGUUGAGAGAGAAAGGGUGAGGCAGAUUGUUCGUGGAUGGAUGGAGAGUGGGAUUAGUGAUCAUUCAUCCAAUGUUACUCAAAGGGCUGGCAAUCCUAGAGCUGAAUGGCUUGGCGAAACCGAACGUGAGAGAGUUAGAAUUGUCCGGGAGUGGGUGCAAAUGACAAGUCAGCAGCGAGGUGUUCGUGGAGGACGGAGGGAAAAUCAGUCAGCGACAGUUAGUGUGCAAGUUGAUCCUGUUCGGGAAGGCUCAGUUGCUGAGCAUGAUGAACGCCAACCAGAACAUAUUCGGAGGGAUUUGAGGAGGUUGCGUGGUAGACAAGCAAUAAUUGACUUGCUUGUGAGGAUUGAGAGAGAAAGGCAAAGGGAACUUCAGGGUUUGUUGGAGCACCGUGCUGUAUCUGAUUUUGCUCAUCGUAACCGCAUUCAGUCACUGCUUAGAGGUAGAUUCUUACGAAAUGAAAGACCUGUUGAAGAGGAGAGACCAACUUCAGUAGCAGCAAGUGAAUUAAUUCAGUUAAGACAACGGAACACUGUAUCUGGUUUGAGGGAAGGGCUCCAUAACAGAUUAGCUACAAAUGUCCAAAAUCAAGCAGACAGCAAUUCUGAAACCACAUCUAGCAAUGUCAUCAAUGAUUCUAGACAUGAACUUCCCCAAACAAACAUGUCACCAGAUGUCCAAGGAGAAAACAUUGAGCGUACACAACUUAGGAGUUUGGAAAGUGGCAUCGCAGAGUUGCCUAAUCAAACAGGAGUUCUGGUUAGGAACAUGGCUGUUGAGAGCAUAAGUUGGCAAGAAAAUACUACCCAAGGUGGGAAUUGGCGAGAACCAGCUGUCAAUGAUGAGAGAGGAAACUGGCAACAACCAACAUAUGCUCAGUUCAACGAAUUGAGAGACAACAGUACAGAAGUAAUGGAUACAAAUUGGCAAGAAAGUUCAGUUAGUGAGCAUCGUCAAGAAAAUCCUGGAAAUGAAAAUGGAGAAGCAAAUCGUACACAGGGAGCCCAGAGGGUUUGGCAUGAGGGUCGCUCUCAAGAAGCUGUUGAUAAUUGGUCAGAAGGGCGUUCUGGUCCUCCAAGAGCACGUCGUGCAAUCCCGGUUAGAAGGUUGAAUAGAUUUCACCCACCCGAAGAUGAUAAUGUGUAUGGUAUGGAACUUAGAGAACUUCUGAGCAGGAGAAGUGUCUCAAAUCUGCUUCGAAGUGGUUUCCGGGAAAGCCUAGACCAGUUAAUACAGUCUUAUGUGGAAAGACAGAGUCGUUCACCCAUUGAUUGGGAUCUGCAUAGAAAUUUGCCAACUCCAGCCUCCCCAGAGCCUGAUCAAGAGCAGGAGAGGGGUGAAACAAAUGAUGAUCAGAAUGAUACUAUUAACAGGCCUUCACUGGUGCUACCUUCUCCUCCAGUGCCACCACCACAACCACUGUGGCAUCAUGAUUUACAUCACACUAGGUGGUCUAGGCACAGCAUGCAUAGAUCUGAAAUUCAGGAAUGGGAGAUGAUCAAUGAUCUAAGAGCUGAUAUGGCAAGACUCCAGCAGGGCAUGAGCAACAUGCAGAGGAUGUUGGAAGCCUGCAUGGAUAUGCAGCUGGAGUUACAGCGAUCUGUCAGGCAGGAAGUCUCUGCUGCUCUGAAUCGUUCAGCUGGUGAAAAAGUUUUGAGUGCAGAAACAUCAGAGGAUGGGUCGAAAUGGGGUCAUGUAAGGAAAGGGACUUGUUGUGUUUGUUGUGAUAGCCAUAUUGAUUCACUAUUGUACAGAUGCGGACACAUGUGCACUUGUUCAAAAUGUGCGAACGAGUUGGUUCGGGGUGGCGGAAAAUGUCCAUUGUGUCGAGCACCAAUCGUGGAGGUAAUCCGUGCAUACUCAAUACUGUAAAGAGAAGACUGGUAUAGUUAUAAAAAGAAGAGGCUCCAAGCUGUAGAGAGUCAUUAAAAAGGGUUGUUGCCUUUGUUUGUUCUGAUUAUAUGUAGAAUGCUAUGGUAUGCAAGUUUAUAAUUGGAAUAACAAUUGGCAUCAUUGAUUCAUUGAUAUAUGCUUAAAAAUAAAAUGUCAGUCAUAAUAUUCAUUCCUCA